AAAGCAAAGCUUACAUUUUAAAAAGUUACCAUGAUACUACAUUGCAUUUUGAUAUCAUGAUAUAAUUGUGCACCUUCAAAUAUUGCUUAGAAGAGAACUAUGUGAAGCAGAAAACAUUCUGAAGUAAUAACUCCAAGUUAGUCUAGGAACUGCUUGGAAUGGUUAUCCAGCAGAUUUUAACUUUUGUUUGUUUAACUUCCAGGAUAUGUUGUAACAAUGUUCUUCAUCUAGGUUGGCUAGUUCAAUGUAUUGCAGUUCUCUUUUAACCUUGAUACAAAACAAAGUGUUAACUUGGUUUCUAGCUGCUGUUUCUGUGUUCUUCCCUGUAAUGUCUCCACCAUCCAUGUUCUUUCGUAGCCUUCAAGAUGUUCAGCAAGGGCAGCAGUCCACAGCCAAAGUCAGAGUCCAGUCACGCCCCCAUUCCCAGGCAGCAGUGCUCAACGCUAGCACCUCCUUGCUGGUGAGAAAUGGGAGUGUCCAGUUAGAAGCAACACAUGACAAUGCAUCUGCUGUCGGCAGCAGCAGUUUGCACAAUGAACUUGGUAAGUUCAGUUCCACACUCUAUGAGACAGGGGGCUGCGAUAUGUCACUUGUGAAUUUUGAGCCAGCUGCAAGAAGAACAUCUAACAUCUGUGACACGGAUUCUCAUGUAUCAAGUUCUACCUCAGUUCGUUUUUAUCCACAUGAUUUACUUUCCCUCCCCCAGAUCAGACUGAACAGACUGUUGACUAUAGAUACAGAUCUUCUGGAGCAUCAAGACAUGGACCUAAGCCCUGAUUUGCAGGACCAUCUACAACCACAAGAGGAAGCAUCCCAAAAAGUGAAACACUAUUAUCGCUUUUGGAUUCUACCCAAAGUUUGGAUUGGCAUAAAUUUUGAUAGACUGACUCUUCUGGCUUUGUUUGACAGGAAUCGUGAGAUCUUGGAAAAUGUAUUAGCUGUCAUCCUAGCUAUCCAAGUGGCUUUUCUAGGUUCUGUACUCCUUAUAGAAGGCUUCUUCAAGGAUAUCUGGGUCUUCCAAUUUUGUUUGGUGAUUGCCAGCUGCCAGUACUCCUUGCUGAAGAGUGUUCAGCCAGAUUCUUCAUCACCUCGACAUGGUCAUAACCGAAUCAUAGCCUACAGCAGGCCUGUUUACUUCUGUAUAUGCUGCAGUCUCAUUUGGCUAUUGGACUAUGGCAGCAAGAGCACUUUUACUGCACGGUUCCGACUAUAUGGAAUGGUUUUCACGAAUCCAAUAUUGCUGCUUUCGGCAAGGGACUUGAUUAUGGUGUUUAUACUAUGCUUCCCUGUAGUAUUCUUCAUUGGUCUUCUGCCUCAGGUGAACACAUUUGUGAUGUACCUCUGUGAACAAUUAGAUAUUCAUGUCUUUGGUGGCAAUGCCACGACGAGCCUCAUUGCAGCACUCUACAGUUUUAUCUGUAGUAUUGUGGCAGUAGCAUUAUUAUAUGGAUUGUGUUAUGGGGCCCUAAAGGAUUCUUGGGACGGCCAACAUAUUCCAGUGCUUUUUUCAGUAUUCUGUGGUACAUUAGUGGCAAUAUCCUAUCAUCUCAGCCGGCAAAGUAGUGAUCCUUCUGUCCUUUUCUCUUUAGUGCAAUCAAAGCUUUUUCCUACUUCAGAAGAUAAAAAUCCAGAAGAUCCAUUGUCUGAAGUCAAAGAUCCCUUACCUGAAAAACUUAGAAAUUCAGUGAGUGAACGUUUGCAAUCUGAUCUUGUUGUUUGCAUAGUCAUUGGUGUACUUUAUUUUGCAAUCCAUGUCAGCACAGGGUUCACAGUAUUACAGCCUGUUUUAAGUUACGUUUUGUAUGCACUGGUGGGCUUAAUAGGCUUUAUGACCCAUUAUGUGCUGCCUCAGCUCCGGAAACAGCUCCCGUGGCACUGUUUUUCUCAUCCAUUACUGAAAACCAAGGAAUAUUAUCAAUUUGAAGUCCGCAAUGCCGCACAUGUUAUGUGGUUUGAGAAAGUUCAUAUAUGGCUUCUUUUUGUGGAGAAGAAUAUAAUCUAUCCCUUGGUAGUCCUUAAUGAGCUCAGCAGCAGUGCAAAGGCUAUUGCUAGUCCAAAGAGAUUAGAUACAGAACUUGGUGCUUUAAUGAUUACUAUAGCUGGUAUGAAGUUGCUGCGCUCGUCUUUUAGCAAUCCAACCUACCAGUAUGUUACUAUCAUUUUUACAGUGCUUUUCUUUACGUUUGAUUACAAUCGGUUCUCAGAGACCAUGCUGCUAGACUUGUUCUUCAUGUCCAUACUCUUCAGCAAGCUUUGGGAACUUUUUUACAAGUUGAGAUUUGUGUACACUUAUAUUGCUCCUUGGCAAAUCACAUGGGGAUCUGCUUUCCAUGCUUUUGCCCAGCCUUUUGCUGUGCCUCAUUCUGCGAUGCUGUUUGUCCAGGCAGUUGUGUCUGCCUUUUUUUCUACUCCAUUGAACCCUUUUUUGGGAAGUGCAAUAUUUAUCACUUCUUAUGUCAGACCUGUCAAGUUCUGGGAGAGAGAUUACAACACAAAACGAGUGGACCACUCAAACACAAGACUGGCUUCUCAGCUUGACAGAAACCCAGGUUCUGAUGACAAUAACUUGAAUUCAAUCUUCUAUGAACAUUUAACUCGGUCCCUUCAGCACAGCCUGUGUGGAGACUUACUCUUGGGGCGAUGGGGGAACUACAGUACUGGAGAUUGCUUUAUUCUUGCUUCUGACUACCUCAAUGCACUUGUACACCUUAUAGAGAUUGGCAAUGGCUUAGUCACUUUCCAGCUGAGAGGGCUUGAAUUUAGAGGAACUUAUUGUCAGCAACGAGAAGUAGAAGCUAUUACUGAAGGGGUUGAAGAAGAUGAAGGGUUUUGUUGCUGUGAACCUGGUCAUAUCCCUCAUGUAUUGUCUUUCAAUGCUGCCUUUGGCCAGCGUUGGUUGGCUUGGGAAGUUCUAGUCACAAAGUAUGUCUUGGAGGGCUACAGCAUCACUGACAACAGUGCUGCUUCCAUGCUUCAGGUCUUUGAUCUAAGGAAAAUACUCACCACAUACUAUGUCAAGGGUAUCAUCUAUUAUGUAAUAUCUUCUCCCAAGCUAGAGGAAUGGUUAUCAAAUGAAACAAUGCAGGAAGGGCUGCAGCAAUGUGCAGACCAAAAUUACGUUGAUGUAGACCCUACAUUUAAUCCUAAUAUUGAUGAGGAUUAUGAUCAUCGCCUAGCAGGGAUUUCAAGAGAGAGUUUUUGUAUAAUUUAUCUUAACUGGGUGGAAUAUUGCUGCUCUCAGAGAGAAAAACCACUCAAUGCAGAUAAGGAUUCUUCUCUGGUUACCCUUUGCUAUGGGUUGUCUGUUCUUGGUCGGAGAGCUCUGGGUACUGCUUCACAUCACAUGGCUAGUAAUCUGGAAUCUUUCCUGUAUGGGCUCCAUGCCUUGUUUAAAGGAGACUUUCGUAUAUCAUCAAUUCGAGAUGAAUGGAUUUUUGCAGACAUGGAAUUACUGAGAAAAGUGGUGGUCCCUGGAAUACGCAUGUCACUAAAACUGCAUCAGGAUCAUUUCACCUCUCCAGAUGAAUAUGAUGAUCCUGCUGUUCUCUACGAAGCUAUCACAACACACGAACGAAACCUAGUUAUAGCUCAUGAGGGGGACCCUGCUUGGAGAAGUGCUGUACUCUCCAAUUCUCCCUCCUUACUUGCCCUUCGCCACGUGAUGGAUGAUGGCACCAAUGAAUACAAGAUCAUCAUGCUGAACAAGCGCUAUCUGAUCUUCAGAGUCAUUAAAGUAAAUAAGGAAUGUGUGCGCGGCCUUUGGGCUGGGCAGCAGCAGGAGUUGGUCUUCUUGCGCAAUCGAAACCCAGAAAGAGGGAGCAUCCAAAAUGCAAAACAAGCUUUGAGGAACAUGAUUAACUCAUCUUGUGAUCAACCUAUUGGAUACCCAAUUUAUGUCUCACCUCUGACUACUUCUUAUUCUGAUAGUCAUGAACAGCUGAGAGAGAUUCUUGGUGGUGCCAUCAGUUUGGGAAACAUCAAGAACUUCAUAGUAUCUACAUGGCACAGAUUAAGAAAAGGUUGUGGUGCUGGCUGCAACAGUGGAGGAAACAUUGAAGACUCAGAUGCUGGAGGUGGUGCUUCCUGCACAAGUAACAGUGCAACUGUCAAUGAUUCUCAGAGCAGUGUAUCCCAAGGAGGAGGGAAUGCAACUGUUGGACAGGGAUCUGGAGUAGGACUGCAUCCUCCCAUCACAUCUCAUCCUGUCACCCUAGGCACCAGCCAGAGUGCUCAUUCUGUGCAAUCAAGCCUUAUCAGACAUUCCCCUGCUCGUGCUUCAGUUGCCAGCCAGUCAACCUAUUGCUAUAACAGUCGUCAUUCAUCCCUCCGGACAUCCACCACAGGCUUUGUGCCUUGCCGACGCUCUUCCACCAGCCAGCUUUCCCUUCGCAAUCUUCCAUCAUCCAUACAGUCCCGUCUGUCCAUGGUGAACCAAAUGGAAUCGGCUAACCAGACUGGUGUUGCCAACACACAGCAUGGCCUCCCUUCUUCAAGCAGUUCCAGUCAGAGCAUCCCAGCCUGCAAACAACAUGCCCUUGUUGGCUUUUUAGGGACUGAUGGAAUGACAAAUGUCACUGAUUCACAGGCAGGCACAAAUGUGAGCCCUGUGAACCAGACACAAACCAAAAGGGAUGAUGUUGUUUACAGAAUUCAGAUUAUAGAUCCUAGCCAGAUUUUGGAAGGGAUCAACUUAUCCAAAAGAAAAGAACUACAGUGGCCAGAUGAAAUGAUAAGACUAAGAGCUGGAAGAAACAGCUGGAAAGACUGGAGUCCUCAGGAAGGCAUGGAAGGCCAUGUGAUUCACCGUUGGGUGCCUUGCAGCAGAGAUCCAGGGCAUAGGUCCCAUAUAGACAAAACCAUCUUGCUCGUCCAAAUUGAAGACAAAUAUGUUGCAGUGAUUGAAACUGGAGUUCUGGAACUUGGGGCUGAAGUGUGACCUUCUUGGGCAAUUAACUUCUUGUCCAUCUCUAAAAUGUUUAGAAAUUAAGUAAGGAGUCUCAGAAGGAUACCCUAACAGCUCAAGUAAUAGGAAGAGACUUGAAAACCAAGUUAAGGGUAGGGUGUCAGCCUCCAAAACAAUAAAGGAGGCAUUUUGGAUAUUUUUCAAGUUAGCUACUGAGGAAAAUAUUGUGCAUGAAGGGUAAACAGGAUAUAUCUUUUGCUUUAUACAUUAUUUUAUCCAUUGCAAUGCUUUAAAAGAACCCCACAUUUUCCAAGUUUUAAAAUAGGAGCAUCUCAUUUUUCUAAUUGUCUUGCCAAAAAUGUUUUGUCUCAGUAAUGUAGAUUCAGUUCAUUUUUUUAAAGCAACUGAAAACUGUAUAAAUGUUGAGAUCAGUGUGAAGCUGAAUAGAAUGUUUUAUUAAUUGCAAGUGUGACCAGAUUUAAAAAUUGUUAUUUCUUCUAAGUGGAAAAAAGAUCAUUGAGAAAACUGCACUAUUUUUUUUAUGGCAAUGCACUACAAAAAUCUGAGAUUGCUCAGAACAUUUAUUUAUAUAUAUAUAUAUAAAUAGAAUAUGUAUAUAAAUAUAUAAAAAGAAGAAAAUACCAUUAUUUAAAUUGCCUUUGGGAUUAACCACCUCCUCCUCCAUAUUCAUAUGAUGGUAGGAAGUAUCAUUGAUUCAUUUUUGGCUUAACAUACUACGUUGCUCAGCAGCAUAUUUAUUAUGUCCUAUUCACAAUAUAUAAUGGAGUACCACUAAUUAUAGAUGAAAACUCUAGGGAGGCCUGCUCUUGGUGAAGCAAAUUGAUAGUGCAAAUAUGCAGUAAUGUUAUCUUUUUAAAAUGGGCUCAACAAUACAAUUGUGCAUUUUCUUCAUCUACUUUUGUUACUUUCCAAUAUAGAGACAACAAAAAUAUGUUACUGGUCUCCUUUGGAAAAAAAGUUUGCUUUUCUUUUUAUGGAAAACUGGAUGAAAUACAUUGUUUUAAAUAAGGUUGUGACUUUAUCUCUGUGUUGCGACUUACUCCUUUAUUAGGUGAAAUAAUUUUACUUUAUUAAAAAUUAAAGGACAAAAAUCAGAAGGCAUGUUGUAUCAUAUUACCUGUACCAUUUUGCGUUUUAGCUCCCUUUAGUUGCUAUUAUGUUCUGUGACUUGAAUUUAUUUUCAGUAGUUAUAUAUUCUAUAAUAACUGUACUUUGCAUAUAACUGUGAAACUGAUUUAUGUUGCAUAUCAUCGAUUUUUACUGAUUGGGAUUUGUAGUGUGUGUUUUCAGGGAAACGAGUUAUUCAAACAGCAACAGAGUAAGGGGACAAAGCUGCAAUUUUUUAACUUGCUGUUUCUAUGACUUGCUCACAAUGUUAAUGGAAAGUUUUAUAUGUAGUGGUUGUUUCCUUUGUGUGAUCUGAAAGUCUGUGGGGCUCAGUGGGAAACAGAACAAUUUACAAUUGUAGCUUUUAGAAGCAGCCAUCUUUUGUUUUUGAACUAUUCCAAUAUUUAUUAUGCACAGGUGAUCUUACACGGAAGACAUUGCAGUGAAAUCAAAACUAUUACAUACUUAACGAACAUAGUCAAAUAAUGUCAUAACAUGAACAAUCUGAUACCACGAAAAACAGUCUUUGUGGCUUGCUAAGUACUGUAGAACAUGAAAAUGCUGUUCUUACUGUAUUAUGAUCUUGACCAGGUCACACUUUGCAAAGCUGUUCACUGCUGCAAUUAAUUCUUGCUAGCAUCAGAAACCACUAACUUAGAAAUGGACAGGGAAGGGGGAAGCAGCAUGAAUAAUAAAAUGUAGAAAGAAGCUUCAGAAAGAUUUUGCUGUUCUGGUAAAAUGUACAUCACCUGCUAAUAUCUGAAUGCCUCCAGUUUAAUCCCUGACACUAUAAUAUUUUCAUUAUUUUAUAAACAAGAGAAAAGUCAUUUUAUGAGUUUUGGCCAGCCAUCUUUCUUCACUUUUAAUUGACAAUUAAAUAUUCAUUUAUCUUCUUGACUUUCCCAAAUAUAGAAAGAAAAUGCAAUCUACCUUAAAUUAGUAAUUUUGAAUAUAUUAAAUUUAUUGAUAAAAAGGGUGCUUUUAAAGGUUAUCUUGAAUAAGGCAAUGAACAUGGUAAUAUGGAAAGUUAGAUUUUUCUAAGAUUUUUAUUUCCUAUUUUUAAUCAUUAAUAGGAACAAAAAUGGCACUCUGUGACAUAGGAUACUACAUGCUACUGAUUACAUUUGUAACUAAAAACGGAUAUUGAAAGAGAUGAUAAUUUCAAGGCUUCUGAUAUGAUUACAUGUAGAUUCAUUUAGAAUGGUAAAUUUAGUUUAAAUAAUUGAAAACAAAUUACUUGAUUAGCAUAAUUUCAAUCAUACCUUUGUUAGGUAUAAAUCUCAUCUAAUUAGCAUUCAUGAAAAUAUAUAUCCAGAUUUAUUUUCAGUUUAAGCUCAUCUCUCAAGAAUUUGACGUUCCUUUGUGUACGAUUAACUGUUUAGCGUUCAUGAAACUUUUCUCUUUGCUUGUUGUAGUAUAUGAGCUUGGAAGCCAAAUUAAUUGUUUUGCAGCUUUUCAUAUGUGGACUUGGUGGCUUUCUCCAUCAAUUUCUCCAACCAGUUAUGGCAAGCAUUCUGAAAACUUUACAGAUUUUUUUGCAUUUGAUACUAAGUCUUGUACAAAACUAGUAAUCCACUGAAUGAAUUUCUAGGCUAAGCUUUGAUAAUAUUUAUGUAGAAAGAGUUUAUGAAAGUCAGUUUGCCUACUAUCAAUGUUUAUAAAUAUAUGCAUAAUAAACUGAUAAUCCAACUAGGCACUAAUUUAAUGUAAAAACACAGAAGUAUACUUAGCUUCCCUGUUAAUGUUUUGGGAAAUUAAAGGAGAAAUUUACCUCAUGAAGUGCUUUAAUUUUCAUAAAGAACACAACCCUACUCUUGCUCAGUAUUGAGGUGGUGUUCUGUAGAUGUUCUUGUAACCUAGGAAAUAUAUAUGGAGGGAAGGAAAAUGUUUUUGGAAAAUGACAUCUUUUAGAAGGUUUUGUUUUUUUUAAUUGUUGCUUUUUCUACCUAGGCUUGCUGUUGGGGAACUAGUAGUUGCAAUGUUGUGUGAAAAUAUUGAAUAGAUGGUACAGAAUGUUAUGGAAAAGGCCUUUGAAACCUUGGAUUUGGGGCCAAAUUUUACCCAAGCUGGCAGUGAAAUGCCUUCUUAACCGAUGAGAUAACACAGUGAUGCCAAUCCUUUAGUUCUACACAUUGGUAAGUGGUAAUAACUCUACCAAUGGAGUAGUGCAUUUGAAAGAGCUUUUCAAGGCAUACCUAAAUAUUUCAUAUUACCUGUAGGUUCAGCCACCAUGGUUUUAUGUACCUAAUUUUAUUAAGAGAGAUUUUUCUUACCUAUUAUAUAGGUUCUACUUGUCUGGUCUUACUUGGUGAUUGGUAACCUAAUGCCAUUAGCCCUGCGAUGCUAGACAGUGUAAGAAUUAUAGCAGUAUUUAAUAUGUGCCUUAGUAAAAUGAUGGUGAGUACAUAAGACCUUGGUGGGAACUACUGCCCAUAUCUAGUUUUCACCCAGAUUUUUUAAAAGGCUUUUAAAAAGAUGGCUGCUCCAAAAGGCUUCAUAGAUUUGUAUGCACCAUUCAUCAGCAAACAAAUUUGAAAAUACAAUUUAGACAUUUCUACUAAAUUUACACAUGACCCAAGUGGAUGACAAAA